AUGAAUAAAGAAUGUAAAAUAUUUAAGUCGAAGGAGAUAGCUUACUCCAGAGAUCCCAACGAUGUAAGACUAUAUCAUUAGUGAAUUUUAAGAAAAAGAAGAUCAUAAAUGGAUAUAAGAUUAUGAAAAUAAUUGGAGAAGGAUCAUAUGGGAAAAUUAAACUAGCAAUUAAGGAUAAUCAUGAAUAUGCAAUAAAAAAGUUUAAUAAGUUUAUUCUGAAAAAGAAGAAUAAAAUAUAUAAGAAUCCCAAUGGAAGUAAAUACACAUAGAAUUAUUUAAGCAACCAAGUAUGUUUCAUUAUUAGAUGAAGUAUACAGAGAAAUAGAAAUUCAUUAAAAAUUGGAUCAUCCCAACAUAGUCAAGAUGCUCGAGAUAUACGAUGAUGAAGAGAGAGAGAAAUUGUAUGUGGUUUUAGAAUAUGCAGAAAUGGGGCAAAUUUUGAAGUGGGAAAGCAAAUAAGAAUUAUUCACAGCUCCAUGGAAAUUUGAUGAACCCACAUUCAAAGAUUAUGCCAAACAAAUGCUGAUGGGAUUGCAAUAUCUUUAGUAAUAAUAUGUUGCACAUCGAGACAUUAAACCACACAAUAUACUAUUGACCAAAAAUCAUCAGAUUAAAAUAUGUGAUUUUGGAUCAGCUCAAUAAAUGACUCCCCAAAAUGACAGAGUCAAAGGAACUGAAGGCACAUUUCAAUUUGUUGCUCCAGAAUGUUUAAGAGAAAAUAAAAAAAGUGAAAUUCCAGGAUAUAGUGGUCAUCUGGCAGAUAUUUGGAGUUUAGGAGUUGUCUUUUACUGUGUAGUUGAAUUGAGAUUGCCCUUUCAAAGUGAGAUAAUGUUGGAACUAUUUAAUUAGAUAGAAACCAAAGAGUAUGAUGUAUUCUGCUAACAUUUAGAAUUACAAUGAAAUAUGAUGGGCCUGCAAAAGUUGUGAUCCUCAAAAUGUUGACUAGAGACACUAAUAAAAGACCGACUGCAACUUAGUUAUUAGAGGAUCCAUAUUUUAAAUGA